AUGUCCCACAGGCAUGAGCAGGGCCGUGAGGCCCAAGAAGAGAGUGAGGGUCAGCUCAGUGAGGAGGUUCCCGUAGCUAAGGAGGUGGGCACCUCAGAGGGAGAAUCUGCUGCUCAGGUUCCCUGUUCCUCCUCUGCUCCCGCCCAAGCCACUCUACCAAAUGAAGGUUCUGCUCGUCAAGCAGGGAGACGUCAGAGCAUCUCAAAGGCCUACCUCUUCUCCAGGUUCUUGCUCAACAGUCAGCUACAGUAUAAGGUGACCGAAUUGGUGAAGUUUCUGAGUUUCAAGUAUACAACAAAGCAGCCCGUCACCGAGGCAGAAAUUCUGAGUGUUGUCAAAGAGUACAAGCACUACUAUCAAGUGAUCUUCAAGCAUGCCUGUGAAUGCAUGGAAAUGGUUUUUGGCAUAGAAGUGAAGGAAGUGGAUGCUAUCAACCACUCCUAUGAGCUCCUUAAAGUUCUUGACCUCACCUAUGAUGGGCGCUCGAGUGGUGAUGACGACGAGGGCAUCCCCAAGAUAGGCCUCCUGGUGCUCAUCCUUGGUGCCAUCUUCAUGGAGGGCAACCGUGCUCCUGAGGAGAAGAUCUGGGACAUGCUGAAUACGGUUGGGAUAUUUCCUGACCAACAUGAUUUCAUCUGUGGGAAUCCCAGAAAGUUCAUCACUGAGGAAUUGGUUUCCGAGAAAUACCUGGAAUACCAGCUGGUACCCGGCAGUGAUCCUCCAUGCUAUGAGUUUCUGUGGGGCCCAAGGGCCCGUGCUGAAACCAGCAAGAUGAAAGUCCUGGAGUUUUUCUCCAAGAUUGUCCGGAGCAGCCCCACGGCCUUCACAGCUCUGUAUAGGGAAGCCUUGAAGGAUGAAGAGGAGAGAGCCCAGACCGCCCUUGCCUCCAUGGCCAGUCCUGUUGCCCCAGAAGACUCGGGUUCUGUGGACAAGCCCAGCAGCUUCUCCCGCCCUGAGUAA